AUGAGCAACGCCCUCCUCGCUCGGCCAAUGCGGCCGCUCUCCGCCUCCAUCGCCAGCAACCUGCGCUGCUGUGGAGGGCCCACCACCACCACCACCACUGCCACCAGCACAACGGCAAAACCCAGCACAUCCGCAUCACCAGCAUCGCCAAUCGCCCACACCCAGCGCCGGCACGAGUCCACCACCCGCCGGCAGCUCAACCGCCUGCGAUCCGUCCCCUCGGCGCCGUACGCCACGCCCUCGCCCUCGCACACGGCCGACCACAUCAUCUUCAACCCGCCCUCGUCCGCGCCCUCGGUCUACCACACGCCGCUCAAGUUCCUGCCCGCCCACGACCGCCGCCGCGAGCUGUACGCCCUGACAUCGCGCUUCACCACCGGCGGCGGCGGCGGCGGUGCGUCUGCUCCCGGCGGCGGCGUCCACGCCUCGACCGGCACCGCCCUCUCCGCGGGCGCCUACACGUCGUCGUCGUCGAUCCUGCCUCCCCACCUGGCCCACCACAACCCGGCCGCCUCCUCAGUCACCUCGCCCGCAUCGGGCAAAUCUUCUUCCGCAUACAUGCCUCCUGCCCUCCGCACGCCCUACACCAAGAAAUACCACCUCACCGCCGCGGACAUCGAGCAGAUCCGGCAGCUGCGCGCGCAGGACCCCGCGCACUGGACGCGCGAGCGCCUCGCCGCCAAGUUCGAGUGCUCGCAGUUCUUCGUGGGGCUCGUCGCGCCCGCGCCCGAGCGCGCCGCCCAGAAGCUGGCCGAGAUCGACGAGGUGAAGCGCGGCUGGGGCCGGACGAAGCGCGAGGCGCGCGAGGACAGGAGGCGGAGGAAGGAGGCGUGGGGGAGGGAUGCGUAA